UGAGCUGAGAGGUGUAGACAUUAUCGACAAGUGCAACAGUAGGCUACUUAUCACAAGAACAUUCUAUUACUGGAAGUCUUUGCCCUGGCCGUUGCUUAUCAAACAGCGUCCUAUCGCAAACAAACAUCAGUGCAAUGACCUCAGAGGCUAAUGAGGAAAAUAAACCGGAUGGAAGGUGUUUACUGGGAAACUGGGUUGAGGAGAGGGCUACUGCAUUGCUAGACAUGACCGAGCCUAGAUCUCGUGUUCAUAAGUACGGACACACAGGGAUUCUUACCAUGGACGUGGCUGCUAAAGUGCAGGGGAUUAGUACAUUCAAAGCAGCCUUCAAUGCUCCUAAAAUCCUUGUGGUGCGACAAAAAGGAAGAAGGACUGAACUUUUGGAAAAUGACCUCAUCAAAAGGAUAAGUGAUCAAAUACAUGCAGAGCUGAACGCAGCCCCUCCAGCCCCUGAGUUGUGCUCUGUGACCAAAGCAGACUUCAAAGUGGAGGGCUUCAAGUCUGUCCACGCACCACUAACCGUGGAUCAUGACUACACAACCGAGCAGGCCAUUACAUUCUGGAGUGAUAAUUAUCAGAAGAUUCAGGGCAUGACAGCAGUUAAAACUAAAGAUAGUCCAUUUAAAAGAAAUGCCACUUUUAGUACACCAAUCGGUGAACAACUUGAUCAGCUGGACGACACAGUGCUGUACCCAUCAAAAAAUGAUGUUAAUAUGUGAGAAAUUAAAACAUAUUUAUAUCAUCAUUUCAUAA